UGAAUCCAGCUGUUGUCAGAAAUGCUCGAGGACCUGUCCCGGUCAUUUGCAUUGCUAAACUAAACUGUACAGUUUAGAGAGGGGGGGGGAAAUAGACCAGACCGUUUCGAAAGACAUUCCCCGUAAGGUGGGGCAUAGAUCAAGGUUUCGGUCGACUGGAUAGCUGUUUAUCAAAUCCUGGUUUAGGUUUUCGGCGUAGUCUGGGCGGUGUGACUGGCGAGAGUAGCCCACCACAUGCGCAUUGGAUUUUCGACUUCACAACAGUAGCAAAAGUGUUCAAAACCUUUCUUGCUCCAAAGUAUCCACGGGUCAUCUGAGUAUAUCAGCAAGAUCCAUAGAACAUGUUUUUGGACAUACGUGGCUUGAAUGUCUGGACUUACGCAAGAAUGUUGACAGUUGCGGUGUUGGUGUUAUGUAGCAUCCACUCUGGAUAUGGCCAGACCUGCACGGAGGGGUUCGCCUAUGAUCGCAGAGCAAGAGUAUGUGUUGACAUUGAUGAGUGUCGUACGGUACCAGACGCCUGCAGAGGAGACAUGCAGUGUGUGAACCAGAACGGAGGCUAUCUCUGCAUCCCCCGGGGGCUGUACAGCCAGCCUACCUACCCCCGGGCUGGUGGAGAAGGUGGAGGGGCAGGCAGGUCCCAGGCCAGCUACCCAGACACCUCCCUGGGCUUCCCAGAACCAGACCCCUACCCUCUACAACCCCCUCCAGGUCCCGUGGCACCCAGCUACCCCGUCGUAAGCCGCUCCGCUCCCUGCCUUCUGGGAUACACCCUGGCAGAAGAUGGGACCUGUCAUGACAUUGAUGAGUGUGAGACAGAUUCCCACCAGUGUAACCCCACCCAGGUGUGUAUCAACACAGCUGGAGGUUACACCUGUUCCUGUACCGAGGGCUACUGGCUGGUCGGGGGACAGUGUCAGGAUAUUGAUGAGUGCCGUUACGGGUACUGCCAGCAGCUGUGUGCCAACGUGCCAGGCUCCUAUUCCUGCUCCUGUAACCCUGGCUUCCUCCUCAACCCUGACAGCAGAACCUGUCAAGAUGUGGACGAGUGCGAGGAUAACCCCUGUACCCACGGCUGUUUCAACACCUACGGCUCCUACAUGUGUAGCUGUGAAGAGGGGUUUGAGCUGGCUUCUGACGGGACCACUUGCAAUGACCUGGACGAGUGUGGUUUCUCAGAGUUUCUGUGUCAGCACCGCUGUGUGAACACACCUGGCUCCUUCCAGUGUCACUGCCCAGGGGGAUACUACCUUUAUGAGGAUGGGAGAAGCUGUGAAGAUAUCAAUGAAUGUGAGACUGGUAACAACACGUGUACAACAGCACAAGUAUGUUUCAAUUUCCAGGGAGGCUAUACAUGCUUGGAUCCGCUAAAAUGUGAUCCACCGUACGUUGAACUCAGUGACAAUCAGUGUAUGUGUAGUGCUGAGAACCCAGCUUGUAGAGACAGGCCCUUCACCAUCCUUUACCGCCACAUGGACCUGUCCUCAGGCCGCAGCGUCCCAGCAGACAUCUUCCAGAUGCAGGCCACUACCAGAUACCCUGGAGCUUUCUAUAUCUUCCAGAUCAAAGGACCGGGCAACGAGGGACGAGAGUUCUACAUGAGGCAAACCAGUAACGUGAGUGCCACUCUGGUCCUGUCUCGACCCAUCAAGGGUCCCAGGGAGCUGGUCCUGGACCUGGAGAUGGUAACCGUUAACAACGUCAUCAACUUCAGAGGCAGCAGUAUCAUACGGCUCACGAUAUACGUGUCUGAGCAUCCUUACUGAGGCCCCCCCCGACCUUUAACCCCUGACCUCUGACCAAUCACUACGUCCGGUCCAACUCUCACAAGCCCGAAGUAUUACCUUCCUAGAUUCCUUCCUUCCAGCAGGCAGCUCCACUCUGCUUCACUCCCAUUUUUUUAUGGAUGAUGGGGUCUCUUCCACUACAACUAUCGUCUCAAUAAACUCUUACCCGUUGUUAUAGGAGACGGGGGGGGGGGGCUGUACAUUAUGACUGUCUAUACAUCAGACUGUACAUUAUGACUGUCUAUACAUCAGACCGUUACUGGACUGUACAUUAUGACUGUCUAUACAUUGGACUUUACAUUAUGACUGUCUAUACAUUGGACUGUACAUUAUGACUGUCUAUACAUUGGACUGUACAUUAUGACUGUCUAUACAUUGGACUUUACAUUAUGACUGUCUAUACAUUGGACUGUACAUUAUGACUGUCUAUUCAUUGGACUGUACAUUAUGACUGUCUAUUCAUUGGACUGUACAUUAUGACUGUCUAUACAUCAGACUGUACAUUAUGACUGUCUAUACAUCAGACUGUUACUGGACUGUACAUUAUGACUGUCUAUUCAUUGGACUGUACAUUAUGACUGUCUAUACAUUGGACUGUUACUGGACUGUACAUUAUGACUGUCUAUACAUCAGACUGUUACUGGACUGUACAUUAUGACUGUCUAUACAUCAGACUGUACAUUAUGACUGUCUAUACAUCAGACUGUACAUUAUGACUGUCUUUACAUCAGACUGUUACUGGACGGUACAUUAUGACUGUCUAUACAUCAGACUGUUACUGGACUGUACAUUAUGACUGUCUAUACAUCAGACUGUUACUGGACUGUACAUUAUGACUGUCUAUACAUCAGACUGUUACUGGACUGUACAUUAUGACUGUCUAUACAUCAGACUGUUACUGGACUGUACAUUAUGACUGUCUAUACAUCAGACCGUUACUGGACUGUACAUUAUGACUGUCUAUACAUCAGACUGUUACUGGACUGUACAUUAUGACUGUCUAUACAUCAGACUGUUACUGGACUGUACAUUAUGGUGCCUAUCAGAGUAAGGACGUAUCUACACAGAAGGAUAUUUAUGUUGUAUUGUAAAGGCUGUGUGACUCUGUCUGUCUCUCUCUCUCUCUCUCUCUCUCUCUCUCUCUCCUCUGCUCUUUAAAAAUACAGAUUUCCAAUGACAUUUACUAUUAAGGUAAUUGAAAGCAGUGUUGUCAGUCUGGGUUGUUUACUGCGUACUUCUAUUUGUGUUAUUAAUGAACUCACAGUUACCUUAUUUUCUGUGAAGCGUUAUCCUUUAAAUAAGCUGUGAAUGUGAGCUUUACAAUAUGUGAUACAAUGUGUUAGUGAUGCUUUGGCCUUUUUUUUGUGUGUGUCAACCAUCUACAGACUAAGAUCUGUUAAAAACAAAAAAAGGACCUUAAUAAAACCUUGACAGUAUGUUUUCUACCUACCUGACUGAAUUAGCCUGAUCCCAUGUCUGUUUGUGCUAUCAUUCCAUGAGAAUGGCAAGGAGUGAAAUGUUAGCCCAAAACAGACUGCUACCAGGCUAUGACUGCUCUGGUCUGGGUACACUUUGUUUCUGUCACUGUAUUGUGAAUGAACAACACAAGUGUGUGUUCUACUGUUAUAGGGGGGGCUCACCUCCUUCAGCUGGUGAAUUACCAUCCUAAUUAAGCUACACACAUUCCAUUUUUCAUUUUUUCAUUUUUGAGACAAUCAUUUUUGUCAUCGGUGCCCCCUCAGAUGCACAACGGAUGUAAUAACAAGAUACAUUUCCAUUGAAUAUUGUCUUUGUGUUUCAUUUUGCUACGUUUGCCAUGAACAAAACUCUCCCCAUAAAAAUUUAAAAAAUGGUGGUCAGUUCUGUUUUGUGUUUUUUUUUUUUUGUCUAAAAGUCUUUGGCAGAUUUCAUUAAUUCCUCUUCAGUAACAACCUGUAAGUUCUACAAGCGAGCCAAGUCAGUCAUAAUAAAACAUUGUACUAGACCUGAA